AAGGUCGCCACUCUCGAGUUAAAAAGCAUGUUAAUUCUCCACAUCCAAAUAUUUACGUUGCAAUAGAUUUAUUGCAAAAGAAACAAUCAUUAGCCUCGAUCACAAGAUUACGUGGCGACCUGGGUGCUCCAACUCCAAAACGUCGUAAAAAUAACGUGAUUUCAGAAGAAUGUUUAAUGAAAUUAUGGAAACGUUAUGAUGAAAGUCGUAUUGAUAUGCCAACAUUCUUGAAAGCUGUCGGAAUGAGAUAUUUUCAACGACCAUCAAAAAGUUAA